AUGUUCACUCUACUCAUAUAUCCCUUAUGGGCUUUAGCAGCUCUCUUGGCUAUCAUAAUCGCCAACUUCUUGUAUCAGCAGCUUCCUCGAAGACGUCAUGAACCCCCGCUGGUUUUCCACUGGUUCCCUUUCUUUGGAAACGCAGUCGCUUACGGCCUGGAUCCUUGUGGUUUCUUUGAGAAGUGCCGGGAGAAGCAUGGCGAUGUCUUUACCUUUAUCCUCUUCGGUCGAAAAAUCGUUGCUUGCCUCGGCGUCGAUGGCAACGAUUUCGUUCUCAACAGUCGCCUCCAGGAUGCCAACGCAGAAGAAGUCUACGGUCCAUUGACGAUCCCCGUCUUUGGCAGCGAUGUCGUAUACGAUUGUCCCAACUCGAAGCUCAUGGAACAAAAGAAGUUUGUCAAGUUUGGCCUUACUCAAAAAGCCCUCGAAUCCCACGUCCAGCUGAUUGAGCGAGAGGUUCUCGACUAUGUCGAAACUGAUCCAUCCCUUUCUGGGAAGACUGGUACAAUCGAUGUCUCCAAAGCAAUGGCUGAGAUAACUGUCUUUACUGCGUCCCGUUCGUUACAGGGCGAGGAAGUUCGGAGGAAACUCACUGCCGAGUUUGCUGCUCUAUAUCACGAUCUUGACCUAGGAUUUAGACCUGUCAACUUUCUAUUUCCAUGGCUUCCAUUACCCCACAAUCGAAAAAGAGAUGCCGCUCAUGCAAAGAUGCGAGAAGUUUAUAUGGAUAUCAUCAACGACCGAAGAAAAGGGAGCAGUGGCUCGGAAGAGGGUACAGAUAUGAUAGCCAACUUGAUGGGCUGCACCUACAAGGACGGACAGCCUGUCCCCGACAAGGAAAUCGCCCACAUGAUGAUCACUCUACUCAUGGCAGGCCAGCACUCCUCAUCUUCCGCCAGUUCUUGGAUUGUACUCCAUCUUGCUUCGUCUCCCGACAUCACCGAAGAACUUUAUCAGGAACAACUCGUGAACUUGAGUGUUGACGGUGCUCUACCUCCCCUUCAAUACUCUGACCUCGACAAACUACCUCUUCUCCAGAAUGUUGUCAAGGAGACUCUCCGUGUCCACUCUUCCAUCCACUCGAUCCUGCGAAAAGUCAAGACACCCAUGCAAGUUCCCAAUUCUCCUUUCAUGAUCACCACAGACAAAGUCAUCCUCGCUUCACCUACAGUCACCGCAAUGAGUGAAGAGCACUUUGAGAACGCCAAAGCUUGGAACCCUCAUCGAUGGGACCACAGGGCAAAGGAGGAGGUCGACACCGACGAUGUUAUCGAUUACGGAUAUGGAGCCGUGUCUAAAGGAACGAAGAGCCCUUACUUGCCCUUUGGUGCUGGCAGACAUCGCUGUAUUGGAGAGAAGUUUGCCUAUGUCAACUUGGGUGUCAUUGUUGCUACAUUGGUGCGCAACUUUAGGCUUUCGACUGUUGAUGGUAGGCCUGGAGUCCCAGCAACUGACUAUACUUCCCUAUUCUCACGACCCGCUCAACCUGCGUUUAUUCGGUGGGAGCGUAGGAGGAAGGGUUAG